AUGCAUAUUUUUGUAUUCUUGAUGAUCGAAUUUUUCUAUCUUGUCAAUGGUCAGACUAUUCAAGAUACGGUUAUUUUGAAUAAAACAGCAAAAUCAAUUGAUCAAACAUGCAACAAUAUUCAUACUCUUCUUACUUAUCAACGAAAAAUUGUGAAUAUUCAUGUUACAAAAGAAGCUCCUGUUCGUAUCAAAAUCGAUAUGGAAUUGACAUCUCCACUUUCAUCAACAUCGAAACAUUCUUUCAGUGUGGAAGGAAUGGUCUGUCAUCAUGGUUUUGAUCGAAAUGCUGCACAAGCUGCUUGUCGAUCACAGAAGAAAAAUCUACAAAUGUUUUCACCAAAUUAUCAAUGGGAACCAUCAACUGAUGAUCUUUAUGAAAAAUGUUAUUUUCAAUUCAAUAAUGAUCCAUUUAUUGUUCCAUGUCAAUUCGUCUUAGAUAAUUUCAAUUGUACGGAUAAAGCAACGAGUCUCAAUGAUUGUACAUAUUCGUCAUUAUUUCAACAUCAAUGUACAAAUGAGAUGCACGUUGGAAUUAUGUGCUCAGGAAUUUAUGAACCUUCCGAAAUAACAACAACUACAAGUAUUCCUCAAACUCUCAAUUGUUCUACAACAACGUUUCUUGAUCGACAAUCAUAUCCAACAGGAUCAGGACCAACGUCAAUUGCACAAGCUGAUUUAAACAAUGAUUCGUACAUCGAUUUAGUUGUGACAAAUACGAACUCAUUCAAUAUUGGUGUAUUCAUUAAUAAUGGAGAUGGAACAUUUCAAGCGCAAAAUACCUAUGAAGUUCCUGGUAGAUCAGAAACUGUUAGAAUUGCUGAUUUCGAUCAUAAUGGUGUGCCUGACAUAGCCGUCUCAGCAUUUUUUACUAACACUAUCGACAUAUUUUCUGGAAUUGGUGAUGGGACAUUCCAACUAUCGAGAAAAUUAUCAACAGAUAAACAUCCGCAUACGAUGUUAACAGGCGAUUUCAAUGCGGAUAAUUUGAUCGAUAUUGUCGUUUCAAAUUUAUAUGGUUCAAGUGUUGGUAUAUUUUUGGCUAAUAGGAAUGGAACGUUUGAACAAAUGAAAUCUUAUCCUUCUGAUAAUCAAACUUAUUUAUUAGCAGUAGAAGAUUUUAAUGGAGAUAGAAAUAUUGACAUCUUAGCUAAAAGUCCUUCCGGUUUGUUUUAUUUACUGGGUGAUGGUCAUGGUACAUUCAAUUCGACAAAAGUAGAUUUCGGCACAAAAUAUGUUAAUGGUGUAGGAACUGGUGAUUUUAAUGGAGAUACUCAUUUAGAUUUGGCAAUUACAGAUGGACACAAUGUUCGCAUAUACAUUGGUUUUGGAAAUGGAACAUACAUUUUUAAACAAUCAUAUGCCACUGCUGUCAACGCGUGGGCAUUAGAUAUUCUAGUGACGGAUCUCAACGUUGAUCAUAAACUUGAUUUAGUUGUCCAAAACAGUCAAAAAGAUUUCAUAAGUAUAUGGUUUGGAAAUGGUAAUGCGACAUUUCAGAAGGAAAUCACUUAUCCACUAAGUUCACAUCUCGGUGGUCCAAUGAUUGUUGCCGAUCUCAAUAAAGAUUUUUUGCCCGAUAUAGCAGCACUAUCUGGUUGGAGCACUACUUCGUCUCUCAACAUCUUCUUGGCUAAAUGUGCUUAA